AGAUAUAACUUGGGGAAGGCGAAGGGGAACCCCCUGCUAUAUAAGUUCGGCCACCCACGCCCCAAACAAAUCAGAACCAACCUUCCUCAAGUCGUGUCUUCCCCCGAGCAAUCGAGUUGUGUUCCCGGCGAUCGAUCGAUCUAGCUGAGCAUCAUGGUUUCCGCCGAUGUGGCCCGCAACAUCGUCGGCAUCAUCGGCAAUGUCAUCUCCUUCGGCCUCUUCCUCUCCCCUGUGCCAACGUUCUGGCGGAUCUACAAGGCCAAGGACGUGGAGGAGUUCAAGCCGGACCCCUAUCUGGCGACGCUCAUGAACUGCCUGCUCUGGUUCUUUUACGGGCUCCCCAUCGUCCACCCCAACAGCACCCUCGUCCUCACCAUCAACGGCAUCGGCCUCGUCAUCGAGGGCGCCUACAUCAUCAUCUUCAUCAUCUACGCGGCCAAGAACACAAGGUGGAAGAUGCUCGGCGUGCUCGCCAUCGAGGCAGCGUUCAUGGCUGCCGUGGUGGCCGGUGUGCUCGUCGGCGCCCACACCCAUGAGAAGCGCUCCAUGAUCGUAGGCAUCCUCUGCGUCAUCUUCGGCUCCAUCAUGUACGCCUCCCCGCUCACCAUCAUGGGUAAAGUGAUCAGGACCAAGAGUGUGGAGUACAUGCCAUUCUUCCUGUCGCUGGUGAACUUCCUCAAUGGCUUGUGCUGGACGGGCUAUGCGCUCAUCAAGUUUGACAUCUACAUCACGAUCCCCAAUGCCCUCGGUACAAUCUUCGGCCUCAUCCAGCUGAUCCUGUACUUUUACUACUACAAGUCUACCCCCAAGAAGGGCACGAACGUUGAACUUCCCACUGUCCUCACCAAAAACACCGUUACCAGCGGCAACGUCUCCGUCACCGUUGAGAAAUAAACUUGGCUUCGUCUUUAGCCCUGAAGAUUUUGAGUAGUUAAUACCGGAUGAUACUUCAACAAGUUGAUGUUAAUUAGUACUACUUUUUGUUAGCUAUCAGAGUCUUAGAUUGCCUUUAAUUUCGUGAACCAUUGUCGUCUGUCCGAGACUACUAGUGCAAAUUACAAGUGUAUAUAAAUACCAAUGCAGCUGAGUUAUCCCAGAGAUAUAUAUUAUGACACCAUGUAUGCUUGCCUGUUUUCAA